AUGCGAAUAUCAUACGAUAUUUGGAAUGCAGAUGCAGAUACUUUAUCAUUGAUUGUUUUCAGAUACUCGGUCAACGUAUUCCAGCCACCCGUCGAUAACAGCACUUCAAGCAGUAACAACGAUACAAUAUUAAGUGAUUCAUCAGAUAUUUCGACCAAUUCCAAUACGUCAUCGCAGUCCACGUCGUCGAAAGCUGUCAACGUGAACGUGCCAUCAUCAACAACAUCAAACAGUUGCAACUCGACCAAAGCAAACAAAAGACAAAUGGUAUUGGGUGAGCCAAGGAAUAAGACGAAUCUCGACUCGAAGUUAUUCAUCGUCAGACGUUUACAGCAGUUGGAUUAUGUCAUUGGAGAUACGAUCGUGGACACUAAUGGUGAUACAGAUUGA